UUAUUUAAAUAAAAAAAUCUAAAAAUAUUUCGACAUGUACUUUUUAUACAAUAGGAAACAGUGAUUGUAAAUGUCUUAAACAUAUACCUAUGAAUUAUCAUGGAGGUCUAUUAUACAAUAUCACGGUUUACUAUUAAACAGGUUGAAUUGGCGGUAUUUAUUAAGUGAUUGUAUAAUUUCUUUUUCAAAACUGAUAAAAAAUGCCAGAAAACGUGAUAAAUGGAGAUCAUGUUGAUGUAAAGAGUGCUAAUUGUGAAGCUCAAGAUAAUGAUGAAGAUAACAAUGAAGCAGAUGUACAUUUUGAGCCAAUAAUUUCUUUGCCAUUAAUAGAAGUUUCCAACAAUGAGGAAGAUGAAGUUGAAAUGAUAAAAAUGAGAGCAAAAUUAUAUCGUUAUGAUUCUUCUAAUAAUCCAGCAGAAUGGAAAGAACGUGGUACUGGAGAAGUAAAAUUAUUAAGACAUAAAACAAAAAAUACAGUAAGAGUUGUAAUGCGUAGAGAUAAAACACUUAAAAUUUGUGCUAAUCAUUUUGUAACUCCUUGGAUGGAAUUGAAACCUAAUUGUGGUAGUGAUAGAGCAUGGGUAUGGAGUGUACUUGCUGAUUAUGCAGAUGAACAACUUAAGCCAGAGCUACUUGCUAUAAGAUUUGCAAAUGCAGAAAAUGCAACUGUUUGGAAAGAAGCAUUUGAAAAAGCAAAGAAGAUAGUGGGAUCUGAAUGUGAGAUAUAUGCUGGAAAAAAUAAUACAGAAGAAAAACAUGUUGAGAGUGAUAGUGAACCUUCUAGUGAUGUAAGUUAUAGUGAAAGUACUGAUAAUGAAGAACAAAAUAAAUUGGCUGAAGGAGAUUUAAAAAUUAAAGAUAAUGAAAAAGUGGAAGCUUCUGAGAAACAAGUAAAAGAUGAAGAAAGUAUGGACAAAGUGUCUAAAGGACUUGAGCAAUUGCAAGUUGAGGAUGAGAAAAAAUAAAAAUAAAAUUUACAUCUCUGAAUUAGAGAUGUUAUUUAUAAGUGCACAUUCCAACAUAAACAUACAUCUAUGCAUAUGUUUAAUAUUUGAUCAGUGAAUUUAAUGUAGGGAAAUAUUUUAACAACAACGUUAAUAGAUGAGUUAAACAAAUUUUCAAUAUUUAUACAAUCGUUAUAUGUUGUCUGUGAUUUCUUAAUGAAGAAUAUUUUAGCAUUUAUACUAUGAUGAAGAAGUUAACACAUUAAAUCUGACAGGAAUAAGAAAUUAAAAAGUAGAACAACUGUUUAAUUCUAUAUGUUUGAAAAUUUACUUGGUUAUAAUUUUAUUAAAUUUUUUUAAAUAUCUUCUAUAAUAUAUAUUUUU